AGUGCCUCCGUCUCUCUCUCUCCCCUGCUCUUCCCCAGGUGAGGAGCAACAGCUCUCCCAGCAGGUUCCACUGGAUUGCUGAUGAGCCAGAUCUUCCUGAGACGUUCGCCUGCUGUUGCUGCUUUCCCUCUCUGAGUUCCCUUCGUGUUUUUUACCCUGCCCCCCACAAAAGCUAAGACCAGGUGCUGAUCUGAGCGCACACUCGCCGCAGGGAUGAACUGGUCGGCGCUGGAGGGCCUCCUGAGCGGGGUGAAUAAGUACUCCACAGUGUUCGGCCGGGUGUGGCUCUCCAUGGUCUUCGUAUUCCGCGUGCUGGUGUUCGUGGUGGCGGCGCAGCGCGUGUGGGGGGACGAGAGCAAGGACUUUGUGUGCAACACCAGGCAGCCCGGCUGCACCAACGUCUGCUACGACAGCAUCUUCCCCAUCUCCCACAUCCGCCUGUGGGCGCUGCAGCUCAUCUUCGUCACCUGCCCCUCGCUCAUGGUGGUGGCGCACGUCAAGUACCGCGAGGAGAAGGACAAGAAGUACGCCGCCAUGCACCCGGGGUCUCACCUGUACGCCAACCCGGGGAAGAAGCGCGGGGGUCUGUGGUGGACCUACCUGCUCAGCCUCGUCUUCAAGGCGGCCUUUGACUCCGCCUUCCUCUACAUCCUGCACUUCAUAUACGAGGGCUACGACAUGCCCCGCCUCUCCAAGUGCAACCUGGAGCCCUGCCCCAACACGGUGGACUGCUACAUCUCCCGCCCCACCGAGAAGCGGAUCUUCACCCUCUUCAUGGUGGUCUCCUCGGCCAUCUGCGUCUUCAUGUGCAUCUGCGAGAUGAUCUACCUGGUGGGCAAGCGCUGCCAGAAAGUGAUGAGGCUCCGGUACGAGAACGAGCGCGUGCUGUUCAUCGAGAGGCACGACAUCACCACCCUGGCCCCACCCAGGUCAGAGUUCAUCAGACUGGACCCCACAGCCAAUGAUCCACCUAUUCAAAGCAUUGCCAACAGCAGCAGCCGCAAGGCUGAGGAGGCCGCUGCCACCAACAAAACAGUCUAGAUCCAUCAAUCGAGAGAAGGUUCAGGGGACUCGCUGUGCCAGUGUAACAAAGUAAAGGGACCUAGAUGAGCAGGCCCACAGCAAAGACAUGCUAGAAUCCUACUGGUUAAACUGAAUAACCCAGAAUUCUUGUGUUUCCAUCUGUAAACUUCUUUCUGGGAGGUGCCUGUUCUUUCCCACAAUGCAAUAUUGGAGGGGUCGGCUCACACAGAGUGCCUCUCUCUUUUCCUGUGUUUUCAUUGGCGCAUCAAAGCGAUGAAAUAUACUGCUAAGAUAUGGUGAUAGCAGGUGAAACUGGUGUACAGAUACUUGAACAGCACGUAGAGUAGUUAGCGAAAUUGCAUUAGAUUAUUUAAAAACUUUAAACUUCCAUUUGCACAUGCAUUCUUACUUGGGCAUUUUUUAAAUGAUGCAACCACACAAUGGCAGUGUCCCAGGCCAGACUUAAAACCACAUCACCGAGCUCCAGAGUCCACAGCUCUCACAAUGAUUCUACUUCAUAGCACAAACUCUUAGAUCCAGAGUGUGGAUCUUCCACUAUCCCUCCAGACUACUGCCAGACUGAAGUUCUACAAUCCAUAUUACAUUUAAAGUACCAGAACAUGCAAUUGUUGGACCAACUGUAGUUAUUUUACAGCAAAACAGAGCUUCAUAACUGGCCUAUGAAAAAAAACAUGUGAAAUGCAAACUGAAUGUACUUUUUUCCUCAGGGUAUAUUUCUGCAUCUAUUUUCGGUAUUACCAAAACUAGUUUUUCAAAAUGUUCAACUUGCAGAUCAGGUCAUGCAGACAAAACACAAGUGCCUUUCCUAUCCUGUUGGAAGAUUACAAUCUACAACACCUGUCCCAGCCUGCAAAACUAACUGCACUUCCAGCUACCCGCUUCCCUAAGCACCACUCCCUGUUGUGGUUCAGGCCACCAACUGAACAUGAAGUCACUGUGUACAGGAACUCUAACAGACCGACUGCAGAAGCACCGCCACGGACAAUAUUAGCUGUUAAGACAUACCGCAUGGGCAUAACCAACUGGUGGGAUGGGGUCCUAACAUAACAUUUAAUCAACAA